CACUAAGGAUUAUUUAAAGGUUUCAUUGUCAUGUUAGGAACACGUCAGAAAAUGUUUUUAGAAUACCUCAUUUAGAUAUUAAAAAGUAAAUCAACUUAUUGACUAUUUUCCUUUACCCUUGAGUAAACAAACUUUAAUGGAGAUUCUCUGAAGAAGAUCUGAUUAUGGCUUCUCAGCUGAGUGAAGAACAACAACAAGAAAUUAGAGAAUACUUUGACAUUUUUGAUGAAGACAAAUCAGGGAAACUUUCAAGAGUUGAAGUAUCUGGUGUUGUACGUGGGUUAGGACUGAACCCAACUAAAGAUGAACUUGAAGAAAUGUUUCGAGAAAUAGACAAAGAUGGUUCGAAUGAAAUAGAAUAUAACGAGUUUGAAGAAUACUACAUGAAAACCUUUGGUUCACAAAACAGAAAUGAGCAUGCUGAUCUAAUGGAAGCUUUUAAGACAUUUGAUAAGGAUGGGAAUGGAUUUAUAGACAUAGAAGAAUUGAAAGAUGCAAUGCUGAACAAAGGGGAGGAUCAUUUAACAGACGAAGACUUUAAGGAUAUGAUAGCUGCUGUUGAUAUUGAUGGAGACGGACUAGUUAACUAUGAAGAAUUUGUCAAUUUGAUGAAUCCGCAGUGAUCAGUUUUACAAUGGAAAUGGUAAUUGAGAACUUGCUACGCAAUCUACUUUUAUAAAUGUGCAAAACUGAAUAAGAAUGAAAGACGAUAUUGACAAAGAAUUUUUUUCCGUUAUAGUAUAAGUAGACUCUUGAUAUUUGUUGUAAUAUUUAUUUUAAUUUAAACAUGAAUAAAAAUAAAUGAAAAGUUUUAUCAUUGAA